GUAUCUUCAGUUGUUGAGUUGACAACGGUAACAUACACUACCUACCAAUGUGUUUUUCGACAAUUCCAAUCGUUGAAUAGGGCUACUUCAAAUUUCAUUCACGAUGGGUAAUUGUAUCACUCGUCUGGAGACUGAAAUGGUUGCGCCUCCUCCCAUUUCUGGAAAUUGGAAAGACUUUGGACCUCGAAAAGCUAUUUCUCGAAGUCCACAACAUAUACAGGCUAGAAGAAGAUGUAGAAGAGAGGGUAGGCGUGAUAAACACGAAGAGGGGAAUAGCCUGCUUUUAGCAAGAAAGGAAACAUCGAGCGGUAUAGAGGGUCUAACCUUUGAUUAUGCGGGGAGACCAGUUUGGAGGGACCCAAAACUGCAGAUACACGACUCCGAUGAUAGCGAUGUUGCGAGAGUUGAAGAUACUGAGGAGGCACUAUAGAGUUUCAAGAGUUUGAACCGGUCAGUCAAGCCGGUAGAGACUGGUGACAUGACUUCACAAUCACGGUUCACUUCCCGCUGGACAUGUAGUAUCAUUUUACUCGAAGAAUCUAACAUAAGAGUCACAAAUUCACCCGACCA